AUGAAGCUCUUCUACUAUGCUCUUCUUUCAGCCGCAACUCCGCUGGCCUUAUCUCUCGGAGUUCCCAGCGCAAGCUCUGAGCAAGUCAACCAACUUGCUGCCCGAGCCGAUUUUGACGCUGCCCAUUCGUCUCUUGUCGACGGCGCCCUUCCGAAGAGGAAUCUUGCGAAAAGAGACAUCACGGGCAUCACUCGCCAAUGCUACGGAACGAACGGGAAAUUCAAAUAUAUCUUGCAAGGUGUCCUCAUCACUACUUCUAUAGUCGGCAACACUUUGCACUAUACCAUCACCACUUCUUUGGCGGGCUCGAGUCUCAAGUCGGUCAUCUUUGACUUGGGUCACGGAUCAUAUGAGUUAUUGCUAGGGGACCGGGGAACUUUUGAAUUCGCGCAAGGUGCGCUGAAUAUCUACGCAGGAAGACGCUAG